AUGGCUUCCAAGGCCAAUCAGAUGGAGGCAGGCGAAAAAGCCGUCGCCUACGACGCCCGAAGCAACUCAUCAGAUGUUGCUGCAGGCACCAUGGCCACCCAUGAAGCUGCCAUUGUAAACGCGCCCUUGGACAUGUCGGAGCUGAAGGACAUGAACAAGGGUCUGCACUCGCGUCACUUGCAGAUGAUGGCCCUCGCCGGAGCCAUUGGAACUGGUCUGUUUCUCAGCUCUGGGCGCGCCUUUGCUCAGGCCGGACCGAUUGGAACGUUCCUUGGAUAUACCCUGAUUGGCUUCUCGGCUGCUGGCGUUGUUCUCGCUGUGGCUGAGAUGGCGGCCCUUGUCCCGUUGAGUGGAGGCAUCAUGAGAUAUGCCGAGGUCUUUAUCGACCCAGCCUUGUCGUUUGCAAUGCGCUGUGGGUUUUUUGGUGACCUCGAGUUCGGAUUUGCCAUGCUCCAGAUUGCUCUCAUCUUUAUCGUCAACAUCAGGGCGGCUAUUAUCAUUGCCGGUGGCGGUCCCAAUGUGACACUCUUGGAUUUAGAUAUUAGAAAAGUUGGUGAUUAUUUAUUGUGGCCUAUAACUUUAAAUGUCAAUCAAGGCUUCUCUAUAGACCCACGCCCCUUUGUGCAGUAUAUGGGCAUCCAAGGAUCUCUCGGGCGGUUGAUAGGAUUAUAUACCACCUUUCCGAAUACCUUCUCUGGAAUUGAAAACACAUCCCUGGCCGCUGCGGAGACUGCGAAUGCUCGAAGAGUGAUUCCUCAGGCUGCAAAGCGAGUCUUCUGGCGAAUCCUGAUCUUCUACAGCUUGACCAUGUUCCUGGUCGGCCUGGUCGUUCCCUCCAACGAUGAUCAGCUCCUCAAGUCAAAGGGCACAGCUGCGUCUCCCUUUGUUAUUUCUGCUUCACUGGCUGGCAUCAAGGUUAUCCCGCAUGUCAUCAACGCCAUCGUUGUAACUUCAGCUUGGUCCUGCGGCAACUACGGUAUGAUGAGUUAUAUCCGCUACCUCUUUGGUCUGGUGAAGAACAGACACGCGCCUCGCGUCUUUACUCGUCUCAACCGAUUCAGGAUUCCAUAUGUGGCCGAUCUCCUGUCCAUCGCGAUCUUGGUCAACUGGACAGUCAUCUUGAUAACCUACCUUUUUUUCUUCUACGGCUGCAAGGUACAAGGCAUCGACCGCAACGAGCUGCCCUACAGGUCUCCUUUCCAGCCUUACUUUAGCUGGGCCUGUAUUAGCCUGUUCAUCCUGAUCCUUAUCACGUCUGGAUGGCAGAACUUUGUCCAUGGCCACUGGAAUACCAAGUCCUUUAUGUCUUCUUAUUUCAACAUCCCGUUAGCCCUGAUCUUGUACUUUGGAUUCAGGUUUUACAAAAAAACCAAGAUCAUUCUUGAUGAGAUCCCUAUCCGCGCGUUCCUGGACAUUGCAAACGCUGAUCCACCGCCCCCGCUGAAACCGAAGGAAAUCCGGAAGCUCAACUUUCUCUGGUAG